AUGCACACGCUCAUUUCAGGCUCUCUGACCACCAAAUACCGCUUCCUCGCCUUCGCCAGUUUUGCUCUCCUGCUCACCUUCUCCCUCUGGGCCUGGCAAUGGCCGACCGCCGCCCCCGAACCAACUCUUAGUCCUCCAAAUCCCCCUGCCGUCGACCCGUACUAUGCGUCAGCUCGAGAAGACGCAGAAUCAAUAUGGAACAACCCCCUCAAUAUAUCGGAAUUCGGGGGGAUGGGGAAGCGGUUGAGGACGCUGAAAGAAUGGAUGCUACACACUGAUAACACGAAGAUGACACCACAGGAGGAGGAGGACUGGUCGAGUGUGAUUGAAGGCGUGGCUUCCGCACUUGUCCCGUUUAUUCGAAGCCCUCAAUCUGACGGCACAAGAGAUUUGAAGACGCUGCGAGAUAGUUUUGUCCCAGGAUCGAAGGGGUUGGUGAUUACAACGGGCAAGAAGCGCUUCCGCUACGCCUGCCACCUUGUGACAAAUGUGCGACACGUUCUGCGUUCUCAGCUACCCAUUCAAAUUGCAUAUUCUGGAGAGGAAGACCUCCCCGAAGAGUAUCGAGAUCUCAUCACGUCCUUGGCGCCGGAUGUGUCAACUUUUGACGUGACAGCUGUCUUUGACGAUCAAAGCUUAGACUUGCCACAUGGCGGCUGGGCAGUCAAAGCUUUCGCAAUCCUGGGGAGCACUUUCGAGCAAGUCAUGCUACUGGAUGCCGACGACGUCUUCUUCCAGCCACCAGAUGUGAUCUUUGACGAGCAUCCCCAGUACAAAGAAACGGGGACUCUGUUGUUUCACGAUCGCCUUCUCUGGCAAGGCGCCUUCCCGGAGCGGCAUGCAUGGUGGGAAAAGGAACUGGCCGAUGUCGAGCUCAGUGAUACCAUCAAGCAGUCGAAAGUGUACAUGGAGGGCUAUGCAGAGGAAGGUGAUUCCGGUGUGGUGGCGGCUGACAAGUCUCGUCUGGAUGUCUUUAUCGGUCUCCUCCAUAUCGCGUGGCAAAACACGAAAGAGGUGCGCGAAGCCUAUACGUACCGCCAGGGACAUGGUGACAAAGAGAGCUGGUGGUUCGGCUUCGAGCUUACUGGUACUCCCUAUUCUAUGGAACAGCAUUACGCAUCCAUUACUGGACAUAUCAAGAUUGGAGAAUCCGGCAAUCCAGAAGACCGGGUUUGCAGCUUUACUAUUGCUCAUGUCGACCACAAGACGAAACUUCUCUGGUACAAUGGCAGCCUCCUGAAGAACAAGGAAAUCGACUCGGUGGACUUCGACGUGCCCAGGGAAUGGAUGAUCGAUGGGAAUUGGGAGAAAGGCGCGACAAAGCAAGAUAUGAGCUGUAUGAGCGGUGCUCCAGUCCAGCCUAUUGAUCAUGACCUCGUCAAACUGCUGGAGGAUACGGUGGAUCUGGCAAAGAAGAUAGAUGACAAUAUGCGCCAGCAUCUUCCGCAAGCAGUGCCGUGA